AGCAAUGAGCUGAGCCACAUCAACGUGCCGGUGAUGCUAAUGCCGGACGACUUUAAGGCCCACUCCAAAGUGCGCGUCGACAACCACCUCUUCAACAAAGAGAACCUGCCCUCGCACUUCAAGGUCAAAGAAUACUGCCCCAUCGUUUUCCGCAACCUCCGGGAACGGUUUGGAAUCGACGAUGCCGACUACAGGGAGUCACUCACCAGAUCCCAGCCCGUGGCUAUCGACUCGCCCGGUCGCAGCGGAGCGCGGUUCUACUGCUCAAGCGACAAGAUGUACAUUCUCAAAACCUUGACGAGCGACGAGGUGGAACAAAUGCAUGCGUUGCUCAAGGAAUAUCACCCGUAUGUAGUCAACCGGCACGGAAAGACGCUUCUACCCCAGUACUUGGCGAUGUACCGGCUCACCGUCGAAAGCGUAGAGACGUACUGCGUCGUCAUGAGAAACAUCUUCUCUACGUUCUUGCAGAUACACAAGAAAUACGACCUCAAAGGAUCGACGGUCGACCGUGAAGCCUCGCCCAAAGAGCUGGAGAAGAACUUGCCGACCCUAAAGGACAAUGACUUCAUGAAGGAUGGGACGAAGAUCCACAUUGGAGAGGAAGCCAAGGCGCAGUUAAUGGAUACGCUCACUGCCGACGUGGAG